GCAAGCGCCCCUGAAGCCAGCUCGGGCACCAAAAUAAGAUGGUCUUCUUGCCCUAUCCCAUGAGGCUUGCAGCGGUCGCAACGUUGCUCAGCUUAGAGCUACUCUACCAAGCAUUCCUAGCUCGCUGCGACGUUGGCACCGCAGCGUCUUAUGGCCCCCCUUAUACUCCUACGAGUUGUAAUGGCUACGGCCAAGACCAGUUCCCUCCGAACAACAUGUUUGCGGCCGUCUCCGGGGGGCUGUGGGACAACGGUGCUGCCUGCGGAAGGACGUACAGAUUGAGAUGCCUGAGCGGCAUCGAUCGGCCAUGCAAGGGUGGAAACAUCGUGGUGGUGGUGGUCGAUAAGUGCGCGAGCAAUCCGUGCCCUGCCAACCUCCUCUUGUCCAGAGAAGCUUUCGGAGCUGUUUCCCGCUUUACUGAUGGAAAGAUUAAUGUCGAAUACACGCAGAUUUGAAGGAAGGAGAGCUGCCAGAUCACGGCGUGGCAUGCAACCACAAAGGAGCGCUCGAGAUGUACUGCUGUAUAGAAGAAACUGAAAUCCUUCUUUUUUUUUUUUUUUGUUUAUCGUGAAUAAGAGCAGACAAAGGCUGGACGAAAGCGUGUAAUGCUACGCUGAUAAAGGAUUGUAAAAAUACCUUUGCAUAAAUAAAGCAUAUAAAGGAAGUUGUACUCGUACUGACUCAUUUAA